UAAAAAAAUGCAUAAUUUACCUGUUUGUCUGCUUCAUAAUCGACAAAUAAAUUUUGUUGAUAUAAAUUCAGAUGUUCCAAAAAGCAAGAGAGCUCUGUGUAACUUAUGUGAACUAUUAAAACCAAUGCCAAUAGAAUUAGCUUUGCAAGAAAAAUAAAAUUAAAUAGAAAAUGAAUUUUAAACAUACAAUUAAUACUUUUAGAAUUUCUUAUCACCUGUUGAAAGAAAAAUAAAAUAAUUAGGUGUCUUUAAAAGUUAAUUAUUAAACAUCAUUAAUUAAGUUGAAAUUAGAUUAAAUGGAUAGAAAGAUGAAUUAAUCAGAAAUAAAGAAUUAUUUUUGAGAAGUUUUUUAAUAGAUUUUGAUAGUUUAUCAAUCACUGAUAUUCAAAAUAUUGGAGAAGAAUUAAGCCAAAAAAAUGAUCAUAUAGAUAAAAUUUAGGAGAUUAAGAAGUAAUAUGAUAAAAAAGUUGAAGAAAUAUUAAAUUUGAAGGAAGUAAAGACUUUAGACUAAAUAUAAAUUUUAUUAGAUUAAAUAAAAAAUAUAUUUUAAGAAGAGGAAUUUUAAUAAAAUUUACAAGAUAAAAAAUUGGAAUUCUCACAAUUUGAUUAAAAAGAAUUUAAAUUAGAUUGUUACGCUACUUGUAUAAAUAAGAAUGAAACAUAUAUUGUAGCUUCCCAUAAUAUAGAAUUGAUGUUAUAUGAAAUAGUUGAAAAUGAAAUCCGUUUUUUAGAUAAAAUUCAUGACAUAGGUUUUUUUUAUGAAAUAGUUUUUGAUCAAAAUGAUAACAAUCUACUUUAUUUAGCUGAUUAUAACUCUUCAUUAAAAAUUAUAAGAGUGGAAAAUAACAAAAUGAAACUUUUAGACAUUGUUAUUAAUUUUAGAUCACCUGCAUCAUGCUUAGUUUGCACAUCGAAAUCAGAAGUUAUUGUUUCAAGUUAAGAUUUAAGUUUUUAAAUAUACUAAUUUAAGGAAGGAGUUUUCUAACUUAUUUAAUAAAUAGAUGGUAUUGAAAAAGAGAUAUCUUCAGUUUCAUUAAGUGAAGAUGAAAAUCUGAUGGCAACAAGUCAUGUUAACUCUAAGAUUACAAUUUGGUAAAAAUAAAAUAAUUUAUGGGUCAUAUAAUAAGUUAUUAAUACUUUUUAUGGGUAGAGUCUUACUCAAAGUUAAGCAAGAAUUAGAAAAGAUACAAACGCAGUUUGUUUUUUGAAUCAUAAUGUUUUAGCUUAUCUAAGUGAUUAAGGAAUUUUCAGUACUUAUUAAUAUCAAAAUAACAUCUUUAAAGAAGGUUAAAAAUUUAGCUAACCAAUUGAUAAAUAAAAUCAUUUUCCAAGCACUUUCACAUUGAAAUUCAAUAAAAAAACCAGCCUUUUGAUUUGUCAUUAAUAUCAUAAAUUAGAAGUUUUCAUAUAAACAAAAGAUGGUGAGUUGGAAUUGUUUUAGGAAUUUAAAAAUUAUAGAAAAAAAAUAAUUGGAUGUUCGUUGUCUGAAAAUUUUAUGUUAGCUUAAGAUAGUGAGAAGUUUUAAUUCCAUAUAUUAAAGCUUGAGAAAAAAAGAAUUAUUCAUUGAU